AUGCACCACGACAAAGAGAGAGACAGAGAGAAGAAGAGAGGGAGUGAGAGAGCAAUAAUCGGGGGUUGGAAGUUGCGCGCGCAAGUAACUGAGGCAUGCGCGGGGCGGCGGAUAUUUGAUAGGACCCCCGCGACUCGGUCGAUAACGGCAAGGGGCAGAGCGUCGCGCAUGCGGCACUCUUUCUACCCAAAUUUUAGGUGUAAUAGCGACAUGGCUGACAGCGAAUUUGAAGAAUUUCGUCGAGUAUUCGAUAAAUUACCCCAACAUAUCAAGGCCCCGUCAUCGUUUUACUCGUUAGUGCCAAAUGUCGGCUUGGAAGAUGAGUCCCCUUCAUCCAAGAGCGACGGUUCGCCAGAGGAAGAUAAAGGCAGCGUUGGCGAUGCAGACACUGGUGACGCAGGAGAGGGGGCUGAAGCAUCACCCCCAAACCAAGGAGAUGUAACGGACGCCCAAGACAGCCCUAGACAUCAAAGUUUUAAUAAUGGCGAGAGGAAGCGCAGGAAACUUCCGGAAAUCCCGAAGAAUAGAAAAUCUAACGUCGUCGCUUGCAACCAACCAGCUUCCUUGGCCGACGAAUUAGGUGCACUUGCAGGAGUGUUAAUCCGACCGGGAUGUCAAAGCCGACCUCUCUUAGUUCUCAAAUGCGGAUACCUUCUAGACGAAGACUCCAGCCCCGAUUCGGAACGGCUCCAAAGCCUCGGCGAUGUGGACAGUGGGCAUAGCACGGCUCAUUCGCCUAUAGAUACCGGCCCAAAGAGUUUAUCACCGACACCACUCCAACAAAAUGUAUCACCGACGUCAAGUUGCAGCAUCAGCGGCAUUAACUACUCAGGAAAUAUAACAACAGUUCCCCACAGUCAACUAGAGAUGCUAGAAGCGACUCACAGGGGCCUACACAAAUUCAAUCCAAGACAUCACGACGAGCUUGAGGUGGAAAUUGGUGAUCCAAUUUACGUUCAAAAAGAAGCAGAAGAUUUAUGGUGUGAAGGUGUCAAUCUAAGGACCGGGCAACAAGGUAUCUUUCCAUCCGCUUAUGCGGUAGAUAUGGAGUAUAACGACUUUGAUCCAGCUAAUGCUAAAAUCAAACGGGAGAGAUAUCUGUUGGGGUACAUGGGUUCUGUAGAAACUUUGGCCCAUAAGGGCACGGGAGUCGUGUGUCAAGCUGUGAAGAAAAUUGUUGGAGAAUGCAACGGUGAACCUGGAGCACAGCCAUGUAUUUUAGAAGUUUCUGAUCAAGGUCUUCGCAUGGUUGAUCGUUCAAAACCUCAGAAAACUCGAAACGGACCGUGCAUUGACUACUUUUACUCACUGAAGAAUGUGUCUUUCUGCGCCUUCCACCCGCGUGAUCAUCGAUACCUUGGAUUCAUUACUAAACAUCCGACAUUACAACGGUUCGCAUGUCACGUUUUUCGAGGACAAGAAUCUACGAGGCCUGUCGCCGAAGCUGUGGGGAGGGCUUUCCAGAGAUUCUAUCAAAAAUUUAUUGAGACAGCUUACCCUGUAGAGGAUAUUUACAUUGAA